GUGCAUGCGUCUUCUGUACAUCUUGUCUGCAGCAGUAUGUUCAGCUGAGCAUCAAGGAGGGUGGGGGGGCGGCCAUCACCUGUCCUGAUAUGGCUUGCAGAAACACUGGGGUGCUACUUGAUUCUGAGAUAGCCGAAUUGGCCUCUGCUGAUCAGACUAAGCUGUAUGAGCGCUUGAAGUUUGAGAGAGGAGUGAAGCUGGACCCGAGUAAAACCUGGUGUCCGGUGCUUGAUUGUCAGGCCGGGUGCGACGUGCCGCUGAGCUCUGAGGGCCAGCCCUCCGCUGUGCCAUGCCCGACAUGUCACACCAUCUUCUGCUCCGGCUGCAGAGGACCCUGGCAGGGGAGCCACACCUGUCCUGAGCAACAACCCAUGAAGUCACACUUUGGUGAAAGCAGCAGCGACUCUGAGUCGCCCAUCAAACAGUGCCCGAUGUGUGGCAUCUACAUCGAGCGGAACCAGGGCUGUGCACAAAUGCUGUGCAAGAGCUGCAAACACACCUUCUGUUGGUACUGUCUGCAGAACCUGGAUAGUGACAUUUUCCUCAGGCAUUACGAUAAAGGGCCUUGCAGGAACAAACUUGGCCACUCCAGAGCCUCUGUUAUGUGGAACCGAACGCAGGUGGCGGGAAUCUUGGUUGGGGUAAGCAUUGUGAUGCUGAUUACCUCUCCACUCCUUUUGCUGGCCUCCCCGUGCAUCCUGUGUUGCCUCUGCAAGCCCUGCAGAGUGAAGAAGAAGAAGAGAAAGAAGGAAUUGAGUCCCGCAGACUCCUCCACAUAGCAGCUUUCCUGUUGGGCCCUGCACCAGGCUCAAGUAGCUUGGGGAAUCAUUGACUGCACCAGAUCGGAUGUGCACUCUGGUACAAAAUCAAAUGUGGGCUUUGACAGUGACGGUGAUGAUGCCAACAAGUACACAUCAUCAGCACUUGAAAAAGAUUCAGUGGGCCUCUUAUAUGCAGAACUAUAUCACCACUGACUCAUGUGCAUUGUGCCAGAAGAGUGGCAGUAAAGAGAAAGCGGUGAAUUUUGCACUCAUGCACUUCAACCUCCAGCUAAAUGCGAGGUGCUUAAGUGCCUGAGUCUUUGCUGUGCCUGGUGCCGGGUUGCAUUUGUUUCGCCUUCUUUUAUCGUACGCACAUCACUUAGAAUGUAAAGGUCACUAAUAAGUCAGUAAGUACCGGUAAUGUCAAGCGGAAGAAGCAAGAAAGCUAAACUUUCCUGUAUGCACCUUAUUCUUAUUCUUGUAGUGAAACAAGAUAGGGCUUCAACCGUGCACAAAAAUGUAUCCCACUGAAAAUGUUUUUGUUUCCAUGAGGCCGACGCUCCAGACUGGACUGAAGGAUCUAAAGUAUCAGUCACUUCACCAACAUUGUUUGCAACAUUGACCCAUUUCCCAGCAAGUACAUCCACACAUUUUUUGCAAACAUUUGGAAAGUAAUAUUUGAACAGAAUGGCAUUGAAGCCAAUGAAAACCAACUGUAAAACAGCCCACACUGACUGUAGUCAUAAUGAGUGGAAGGCCAGUGCUUGUUUCUAUUCAAUGAGCUGGUACCACCUUGAGGUAAGGGCAGAGAAUGACAGCCCAAGUUAGUGCUGAAUGUAAUCAGCUCAGUAAUUUUGUUUUGAUUGACGUCAUUGCAGAAUUUCGCACAUUACAAUAAUAAGAUGCAGAGGAUAGGAAUUCAAUGCUUUUUUUUUGUUGGUUGGGCAAACUGGAUAUUCUGCCACAAUUUUAAUCUAGGCUUGUCUUCUAAUUCUGGUUGCUUGGUCUUCAUGUGCCAGAGCAAUUUUGCAAGCCUCUUGCUAUGUACUGGUAUUACACUGAGUGGGCUUGGCGCGUGAGAAUCGCCUGUAGAAAAUCAGCCAUAAGGCUGAGAAGAUAGGGAUGGCUGUGAAUGAGUCUUCCAUACAGCUUACUUGUUGGAGGCUCUUCUCAUCAUUGAGCUUUUUUCCCCCCUUUCUGAACAAUUUCUCCAAAGAUGAUUUUUUU